AUGUUCCCACAAAUGAAAAGUCCUACACCAGAUAAACCAAGAGGAAGAACAGAGUGUGGGUGUUAUGGAACUCUUCAUAAAGCAAUUGGAAAUUGUCUUUCUUGUGGAAGAAUUCAUUGUUCUGAAGAAGGACCAGGUAAAUGUUUAUACUGUGGAGAACGAUUAGAGAUUAUAAGAAAGAAUGAAGGUUAUGAUGAGGCACAAGAACGUGUAGAUAGGUUAUUGUAUUUUCAAGAAACACAAGCCCAAAGAACAAUAGUAAGAGAUAUGUCAGGUGAAGAUCCAUUAAAAUUAGACUAUUGGAUAAAAGGAAAAAAAAAGAAUACAAAGAAAGAAUUUAAGAAAACUAGUAAGAGAAUAAAUCACAGAGUUCAAUAUGAAGAUGUAGAUCCAAACCAGUUUGAUUUUGUGCAAGAAGAUGAUAUUGGAACAUCAGAAAUGUACCAACUAAAUAAAAAGCCUAAGGUUGAUUUAAAUGUUGAAGAUACUGAUUAUGAUGAUUAG